ACGUCUCUGACUCCCAGAGUCAGAAGUUUUAAAUAAAACAAUUAAAGACAAAGAUCGAUCUUUAUCAUUUCUUGGCAGUUUUCUCUACCAUUUCAUUAAAGGAUAUCCGUGUCAGCCUUCAUCCAUACAGAUGAAUUUUAUACAUCUCAGAAUCUUAGUUCAGAUAUGGGAAGAUCAUCCAUAGAAAGAAGAUGGAGGAGUAGCUACAGCAGAACAACAUCAGAGUUUUGGAGGAGCUUGAAAACAGUUUCAGAGUGACUGAUUCAUACAGAAAUCCUUAACAUGCUGUUCAAGAAAAACUAUUGUUUUGCCUUGAUUGCAAUAAUAAUUUGGACAGUGGUCCUGCUAUCAAUCAAAUGUUCAAAAUCAAUCGAAUGGGUUCCAGCACCACAAGAGAAGAGCAGCUCAUUCCCACUGGAUAUAGCUCCAGACUCUGUUGAUGACAUGUACGACGGCUGUGAAAAAGAGAUGAAAAAAAAAGUGGCCAGUCUGCUAAAUACGGAGAAAAGUGGUGAAUUUAGAAAGGCUUGGCUUGCAGCAGAAAAAUACUACAACAAUAAAUGGGCAACGACCCCCUCAACGCUGAAGAAAGAACAAAUCAUGGCUAUUCAUGCUUACACCUUGGAACAGCCGGCAAUAUACGAUGAGUUCAAUAAGGCGGUCCGAACACAAAAAUCUGAGUACAAGACCACAUUUCAAUAUCACGCACUACACUUCUACCUCACCAGGGCCAUACGCUCCCUUAAGUCCAAUGCACCAGAGUGUAUCACCACCUACCGGAGAACCAACUCCAAAUUUGAAACAGAUAUCAACAGAGAGAUUCGCUUCGGUGGCUUUACCUCCAGCUCAAGGGAUGAUUAUCUUGAUAUCUUGAUAUUCGGUAACACGUCAUGUUUUGAGAUUACCACCUGCUUUGGAGCAGACAUCUCAGAGUUCUCCAAGUAUGAAUGGGAAAAAGAGGUCCUGAUCCCUCCGUACGAGGUUUUUAAGGUAACAGACAUACAGAAAAGAUCCGAGGAGAAUUCCCUUCCAUGUGAGGUUGUCUACAAAGUGAAGAGCACAAAAAAAACACGUUCCAGUUUAAACUGUGCUCUCUUUAAAGAGUCAGAUUUGUGAUGAAAUGU